AUGACUACCACUUUGGAGAAAUCUAAAAACUUUCGUAUUGAUGCGCUACUGGCUCACAACGUGGAGCAGAGAGUGGACAGCGACGGUGCGUCCCCGGGGUUGUAUUACAGCAAAAGCCCCGGCGAUAGCCCGGUGUCAAACCGCGGCUCAGAGACACCUUCGCCCCAUCCAAACACAACUAACUCCUCUCCAGUCCAGCCGGGGGUCCUGUCCUCCAAAGCCCAGCUCCUGGGCUUGUCCCAGUCAGGAUUCACUACUCUCCACCAAGGGGGUCUCCUCGGAAUGCAUCCGUGCUCCAUGUACCCUCUGGCGGCCCUCGGAGGCCAGCACCCCGCCUUCAUAUAUCCCGGUUUCACGCAGUUAGUCCAACCGUACACAGAGCAGCUGAAGGGGGCCGCGACUCUCCCGCUGGAGCCCUGGAUCCGAGCCGGGAUGAUGAUACCCAGACUCGGAGAAUAUGGAGCCCCGGCACAGGCAGGUUUGCUGGGGAAGUGUCGCAGGCCCAGGACAGCUUUCACCAGCCAGCAGCUGCUGGAAUUAGAAAACCAGUUCAAGCUGAAUAAGUACCUGUCCAGGCCUAAACGCUUUGAGGUGGCCACUUCUCUCAUGCUAACUGAGACUCAGGUUAAAAUCUGGUUCCAGAACAGGCGUAUGAAGUGGAAGAGAAGCCGCAAAGCCAAGGAGCAUGCAACGCCACUGACUGAUGCAGAGAGAGCUGGAGUGGAUAUAAACAGUGCUAAGCCUCAGAGUGAUUCACACAGCUCGAGCCUGGAGGAUGAAGAGGAGAUAGAAGGGGAUGAUGAGGACGAAAAAGAGGAGCUGGAGAUGCUGAGGGUGGGUUCUUUGGGCUCUGUAGGCUUUGUGAGGCAUGCUGGAGGAGAAACAGGGAACUACAACUCUUACUCAGAGCAGAAGGAGGAAAGCCUAAGAACAAGAAGUGGGGUUUUCCCAUAGUUGUAAAGUUCAGCAUGCUUUUAUUGUAUGCCUCUUUAAUGUUUAUUGCUCUUUGGAAGACAAUAAAAUCACAUACGCAAACGUGAAGUGGAUUAUUCACUUUCAGCCUAAACCCAUAGUGCCAUAUGUGUGCCUGGAGCCUUCGAAUUAGCAAAAGGGUAUGUUGACAUCUGCAUGCUGGGCUGUUGUA